GCCGGCGUCGGCGGCCCCUGGAGGCUUCCUGAAUCCGGCUUUGGACAGUUCAGCAUCGGCCGGAAGGCCUGUUGCCAGCUGAAUCUCCCGGAGGCCUACGCUUAUGUCAGCGGUGAGCAUUGCCGACUCCGGACUGUAGAUCGAAAUGGCGAGCGCACCCUGCAGCUAGAAGACUUAAGCGGCAAUGGGACGUUCAUCAACGGCGUCCGCGUCGGGCGGGGGAAGACGGAAGUCGUAAAGGAGGGGGAUGAGAUCUCCCUAGCAAAGCCGACGAGAAAGGGAGGUGCCAUCAUGUUCCGCAUCCAGGCGUGUGAGGCACCAAAGAAAGCAUGGGUCAACCCAGCCGAGGCGACGACGGUCCUGCCAGACCCGCCGCUGGUGCCGCCAGCACCAGCACCAGCCGCCCCAGCAGAAGUACAGCCCGCUGUUGGGGCGUCCACCGCCGCCAACGUCGCGCUUUCUGCCGCCAUGGCCCGUGCUGCCCAACAGCGGCAGGAGGAGAGCCACCAACUAGAGGAGCGAAUUGCCGCAGAAAGAGUGCGCUGCAGUGAGCUCGAGACUGAACUUCAGGAGACGAAGCGAUGUCUUCAGGAGGAGAAGCGGAAGGCAGCCCUGGGGCCCCUUGGUGACUCGCUACGCCUAAACACAGCUCGGCUGGGCCAGGACUGUGCAGAGCUUCGUGCGGCCCUCCAACGAGUUGCCGAGGAGCAGCGACCGCUCGAAAAAGCUCGAGAGGAAGCUCUGGAGGCUACAAAGCAGGAUCGGCGACAGUGCGAGAAGCUCCGCGCUGAGCUAGAAGAGGAGCAGCGCACUGCGGCGCAAGCAAAGGCAGAAGCGGCGGCGCUGCACAAUGAGGCGCAGGAAGCUUCCAAUCGAGCUUCGACAUUGGAGGCUUCCUUCCGCCGCGAGACGGAGGUAAACGCGGCCUUGGAGGAGCAGUGCGCGGCUGCCUGCGCAGAAUGGAGCCGAAAUCGCGACGCCGUUGCCGCAGCAAGGAAGCGCCUUGAAGAUCGCGGCGCAGCCUACAACUUGCUGCGGUCGGCCGUGUGGGACUACCACCAGAAGGUCAGCCGACGUUUGUCCGCCCUGGAGCAAGCCCUGUUGGAAGCUCCGAUGGGAGACUCCGCAACCCUCCCUGAUCCAGCACAACUGCGAGGGGUUCGGGGUCGCACUUGUGAGGGUGGCGGGACCGAUGCGGCUGCCGGCGCACCGGGCGGAGCGGUCCAUGUGGGGAGCAGCAUGGACGACGAUACGCCCACCCAGGAUGCAGACGCUGCUGCUGGGGUGGCAGCGGGUCAGCCCAGAUCGCAAGGAAGCCAGCCAGACGCCAAACGGCCGAGACUCUGA